UAUCAUAUCUGCAUGGAAUAGAGACAUGGUUCUUGAGAGGUUGAAGAUUGAAUUAGAAUUGGGAUUUGGGAGAGGGAAAAUUCUACCAAGGAUUGCUGCAGAAGUUGAAGAAAGUCCUAAGGUUUUUAUGGAUGAUUUUGUUUCCCUGGUAAAAACAACUUGUUCAAACCUGUCAAAGCUUUCUUCAAAAUUGGUGAAGGCAAAGGAUAUCUUCCCUGGAAAUGACUUGGUGAAAAAAGUUGAUGAAGUUUUAGGAAAGGUGGUAGCUAGGGAACCAUCAAUUCUAAGCCAAGAUGAAGAAUUCUUUGGCAGUGAGGAUUUCCUAAAUGCACUUGCACAAGCUGAGAAGAAUCUGAUGCAAGGGUCUGAAAAGCAAACAACUGAGAAGCAAAUGACUGGGAAGAAAUUAACCAAAAAGGGAAAGGAAAAAGAACAAGAAUAUGACAUCAGAAAAGCUUUCAGCUUGGGGUUGACUCCACCUUCUCCAGCCAUUGAAACAGGGCCCACCUUUUCAACACUUGGUGAUAUAAUUGAACAACCAAUAAUUUCAACAAAUGCUGGAGAAAAGGAUGUGGGUAAAACUUCAGCAGCUUCAGAACAAAGAAUUGAAGAAUUUUCUAGAACUGACGCAGCAACUGGUUCAAAAUUUGAUGCUGACACUAGGUCAGAUAAUGAAGGAUUGCCUAGAACAGAUGCAGGAUCUGGUUCAGUGGUUGAUGCUGACCCUAGGUCAGAUGGUGGUGAAAAAAGUGAUGAUCCAAAAAACACAGUUGGAGGUGGAAAACAAAACAAGGAAGAUGUUUUUGAAAAACAAAAAAAUGAUGAAAAAGUGGAGGGGUAAAAUCCUGAAGACAUGUCUUACUAUUAGGGUUAUGUAAUGGUGUAGGAUAAAAUAUCUAGAUGGAACAAUUUAACUUAUGUUACUAUCGUGUUGUAACUUGAAACUGGUGUUUCUCAAACUAUUGUAUGUGUGAACAUUAUUUUGUUGAAUAUGUAAUAUGAAUGUAUGGUUUAUGUUAAAUCAAUAGGUUUAUGUUAAAUCAAUAUCUUUCAUUUUAUGAAUUGAAAAUGAUUCAGGGUGUUACAUAAGAAGCUUUUAUUUUAUUAAUAUGUACUGACAUUGUUUCACUUUUCAGUGAAAACAAGAAGAUUGUUGCUUCA